AUGGAGGCUCGUGAGGGGCAGCCGCGCGGCGAGCGCGGACCCGGCGGAGGAGCCGGCGCCCCGGGGCCUGACCUUGCACGUGGACGCGACCCCACAACUCGGCGGCGGGGAGGCGGCGCCCGCACCCCGGCCGCGCCGCAGCCAAUGAGGAGCCACCACACUUCAAACUCCCGGUUUCCUCCAAUGGACUUUUCGUUCACAGCGACCUUCCCAACUUCGCCCUCGCCUCCCGAAAUCCCCGGCCUCUCCUUUGUUCCCCGCCGGCUCUGCCCCGGACGGCGAUUCCGCCCCACGCCCGCGAGGCGCCCCGCGGGGAACGGCCGGCGGCCCCCUCCGCGGGAACAAUGGGGAACAAUGAGCCCCGCGCCCGCCGUGCUCGGGGCCGAGGAAGUCCGUCCUCACGCGCGGGACGCCAACGCCACGCGUUUCCUACGCGGCCCCGAACGGAAGCAGACGCGACCGCAGCACCCCGCUUCCCCACACAAAACCCUCCGAGAGCCGCGCCGCGCGCCGACCCCCGCCGCCCCGCGGCCGCCCCCGCCGGGCCGCCGCGCCCCGCCGGCCCAGACAACGGGGGCCGCGCUCACACCUGUCACCCCAACCGGGGCGCGUCUGCGCACGCGGGGCACGAGGCCGCGCGCCUCCCGGUCUCACCUGGAAGCGCCCCCAACAGCUGCCGGGCGCAGGGGAGCGGCGGCCGGCUCCCGCGGACACCGAGCAGCCGCCAACCGACCCGAGCGGCCAGCCGGCCGGCGCGCGCCACCGACCGUGGGGCCGACCGGAAAGUCUGCGGCCGCCUCUUCCUACCUCCCGACGCACCCGGCCCCGGCCCCGCCCCACGCCGGCCGCGCCCCGGCCCCGCCCCACGCCGGCGUCCCGGCUCGCCACGCGCCGGCGUCCCGGCCCCGCCCCACGCCGGCCGCGGCCCCGCUCCUCCGCCGACGUCGCGGCCCGGCUGCGCGCUCGCUCUCCCCAGGCCCCGCCCCACGCUGCCCCCGACCCCGCCCCUCCGCCGACGUCCCAGCCCGGCUCUGCGCUCGCCUUCCCGGGGCCCCGCCCCACGCCGGCCGAGGCCCCGCCCCUCCGCCGACGCCCCGCCCCACGCCGGCCGUAUCCCGGCCCCGGCCCCGCCCCGCCGCUGUGUCCCGCGUCUGCUCCGACAUCGCCCUCCCCAAGCCCCGCCCCACGUUGGCCGCGCCCACGCACUGGCCCCGCCCCACGCUGGCCGCGCCACUCUCUAGCCCGAUCCCGCCAUCGGACCCGCCCCCAGCAGCCCCGCCCGCAGAAGGCUCCGCCCCAAGUCGUAAUUUCCUGGCGCCAGAACUUUUCUUGGCGCCAAGGAUCCCCUGCGGUGGUGGGUGGGCGUUGGCGUUAGUGGUUCAAAGCCGCGCUCCGCCGCCGCGUCCCCGCCCGGUCCUCUCGGACGCCGCGGGCCCCGUGCCUGCCCGCCCCGCCCGCAGCUCCGCGGCGCCCUUAGACGCCCCGAGGCCGGGCGCUCCGGCGCUGGGGCCGAGCCAGCGUCUGUGCGGCCGGAGUGGCUCGGAGGCCUGCACGCCCGGCCUUCCCGGCGGCCCCGCCCCGCGCCGCGCCCUCCCUCGGGACGCGGGUCCCGGCUCUGCACGCCCCCCCCACCCCGCAGCCCGCUGGCUCCCGGGCCGCCCCGCACCCCCCACCCCCGGCCCCCGGGACUCGGCCCACCCCGGUCCGGUCCUCGCCCGACACCCGCCUCCCCACGGCCGUCCUCCCGCGGCCGGGUCCUGCGUGAGGCUCUCGGGGGCCGCCCGUCCGAAGCCUCCGCCGGCGGGGGCACGACCCCGCCCGCGGACGCCGCGUGCUGCGGGGCCCCAGACCCGGUCCCCGGCCGUACCUGCCCGCGCGAUCCCGCCGCAGACUCAGCGGCCGGGCGGCCGGCGUCCGCGCUCCAUCUCCGCGCGCCGAGUGGGCGGGGAGACGAGGCGAGCGGCCCAGCGGGAGAGCCGGGGGGCCGCGAGCGAGGCCGACGAGGAGGAGAAGUGGGAGGUGCUACGCGCUGCCGCCGCGGCCCGGCGAGGGCCCUGGGCGAGCCGCGGCGGCCCGGCGGGGAGGGAGGCGGGGCGGCCGCGGGGAGGACGCGGGAGUCGUGCGGCUCCCAGUCCCCGCAUCCCUUUCCCCUUUCGGCGGGCUGUGCGGGCCGGCGGGAGGCCUCGGCGCUUUCCCGGCCGCGCUCCGUGCGGGAAGCACGGGUGCUCGCCCGGGACGGUGCGCCGUGUUGUGUGCCCCGCGCGGGAGCUGGGCUUCGCGUUCGGGCCAGGCUCCGCCUUGGGCAGCGGCGUCCCCCCGGCUCCGGAGCUGACGGAGGAGGUUCUGCAGCGGAUUCGGCACCGCGGACACAUGGACGCCCACUCCGGCCUUCCCGGGCGGACGCUGGUGGUCGUGGGUCUCCUGCCCGCAGAGAACUCGACCGCAGCCGUCCGAAGCCACAUCAGUUCCAGCAACGCGGGGCCAGAACGCGUGGCCGGAGAGCUGCCCGGGCCGGGGGCGGAAAGGCCCGGGACGGGUCCGAAGGGACGUGCUGUGCCGACGAGGACGCAGGCUCCGGGCCCGGCUCUCGUCGAGCGCAGGCUGUUCCGCCCCGGCGGAGGCACCGACACGCAGCCCGGGAGCGUCCUCCGGAGCGUCUGUCCUGCCCGCCCGCCCGCAGCGACGCCGACGGCCCCGGAGAAAGCCUUUGCGGGCCUCGAGCGCGCCCCUGCACGUGCUUCCAGCCCCCGCGCCGGCGGAACCCGCUUCCCGCGAGCCGGCGGUCGCGGCCGUCCGGGGCGGACGCGGGCCGGGCCGGAACCCGGGAAGGACGGCUCGGUGCGGGCGGCGGAAGCUCCGCGCGCGGCCCCGGGAAUCCCGCCCCCGCCGGGCGAAGGUCACAUUCCGGACCCCCCGCAGGCGCCGCCAGAGCCGCCCCCGCCGCCGCGCUCCGCACCCUCCGGCCCUCCGCCCACACCCGCUCCCGACCCCGCUCGCGCCUCCCCUGCGCGUCCCGCCCCCCACCCCGCCGCACCGCAGCCCUCCUCCCCGUUCCCGCCGGGGCCCCCCCGCCCACACCGCGGUCCCGACCCCGCCCGAGACGCCGACUCCCGCUCGCACCCCCGCCCUCCCCCGUCCCCGCCGGGUCCCGCCCCCGCCCGCGCCCUCCGCCCCUCGCGGCACAGGCCCUCCUCCGUCCCCGCGAGGAUCCUUCCGCCCACGCCCCGACCCGCCCGCACGGGGAGACCCACGUCCAGCCCCCUGAGCGCCGGGCGGGGAGGAACGAGUCCCGUAAAGCGGCUCCGGGGAGCGCGACGACCCGCCCCGGAGCAAGGCGCCCCCCGCCCCCCGCCGUGGCGGAGACGAGGUAGCUCCCCGCCCCGCCCGCGCAGCGGCCGCCUCCGAAGGCGCAUGCGUCUCUCUCGGGCCGGACCCUGGGGGUUCGCGCGCCGCCUGCCGGCCGCCGGCAGCCGCGCAGGAGCUCCCCGGACGCGGCGGGCGCGGACCCGCGUGCACAGCCCGGGCCGAGGGCAGCGCAGUAACCGGGCGUCGGGGACCGCGGCGUCCAGGCAGGUCCCGGCGGAGGACGGGGCGCAGGACUGGAGCGCGGUGGGUCCCCGGAGCGCACGGGGAAGGGGGCCGCGGACACCCCUCCGGGAGCCGCGCCGACACGGUUGGACGGACCGAGGCUCACGGUUCCACGCUCCGGAGGACCUGUCCGGGGACAGCGGGGAAGCUGCGCGCGGGAAGCGCCGCACCUCGCUCAAGGCGGGGGCGGGAGAGGGCCGGGCCCCCGGAGGGCACCCGGGAAGGGGCCGGAAGGGACUGGGGGCGGUGUGUGGGGACCAGGACCUGCACGGAGAGUCCCCGCAGUGA